AUGGUCAAAAUUGCUCUUCUUGGCGCUGCCGGCCAAAUUGGCACUCCUCUGAGUCUUCUCUGCAAAGCUAGUGAUCUUUUUGAUCAAAUUGCUUUGUACGAUGUUGUUCAUGUGCCGGGUAUUGCCACAGACCUGAUGCACAUUGACACCAGGGCUGCCGUGACAGGUCAUUUGCCCGAUGGCUCAGGUCUCAGAAAGGCACUUACUGGUGCGGAUAUUGUAGUCGUAACCGCUGGGAUUGCAAGGAAGCCGGGAAUGACUAGAGAUGAACGUGUGCUAACUAGUCAGACAAAUGCAAGCAUCAUCCGUGAUAUCUUCACCGAGGUCGCAGCAACAUGCCCCAAGGCUGUAUGCUGCGUUGUCACCAAUCCUGUGAAUUCAACGGUACCUGUUGCGGCUGAGGCGCUCAAGAAAGCAGGCGUUUUUGAUCCCACCCGUCUAUUUGGUGUGACUACCCUUGAUGUCGUGCGCGCCUCCACCUUUGCUGCCCACGCACUAGGUGACAAUAUUGACCCAAAGGGGUACAAGGUCCCUGUUAUUGGUGGCCACAGUGGUGCGACAAUCCUGCCGCUCUACAGCCAGGCUCAGCCUGCCGUGGAUUUGGAUAAGGACACCUUGGCUAUUGUUAUUCAUCGUGUGCAAUUCGGCGGAGACGAGAUUGUCAAGUCCAAACAAGGAGCCGGUAGCGCAACCACCUGCAUGGCGUACGCUGGGUUCCGCUUUGUCAAAGCCAUUGUGGCUUCCAUGAAUGGUGAAACUGUGACAGAAGAGGCAUACGUCUACCUCCCCGGUAUUGCAGGCGGGCAGGAGAUUGCAAGCCAACUUGGCGUCGAUUACUUCGCCGUCAAGGUCACUUUAGGUCAGAACGGGGCAACCCAGGCCUUGCCAUUGGGGAAGAUCUUGGAAAAUGAGAGCAGUCUGUUAGAGAUUGCUAUCAAGGAGCUAAAGGUAAAUAUUGCCACGGGCUUGUCAUUCAUGUCAUCUUAG